AUCGUGGAAGUAGAGCUUAAGAAAGACAUUAAAUGAAAACUAUAGCAGAAAUGAUCAGUUUACCUGUUUUUGAGUUAUCGCAAAAAGUUUCCCAUUCAUAGUAAAAGGACGUACUAUCCACAGUUCAUCUCUUGGUUAAUAAUCUACUAUACUUUAAGCUCCAGUUUAGCUAAUUGUGACGGAAGAGUAACUACGGAUCCCUACUCUGAGCAUGGCCCGAUAUGCUCUUGGCCGAUUUAUUGUAUUUAACAAAAGUUGUUUCCGUACGUUGCUCAUGAAAUGUUCAUUUACGAUUAAGACUUCAUAACAUUUUUCUGGCGUGGCAACGUUUAUUUUAUAACCCUAAAGACAUCAUUUUAUAUCAAGUCGUUAUCGAGUUAACAGUACCGGAUUUACCAGCUUGGUCCUAAGGAACAAUGCAUUAAUUUUUUUAUGACUGGCUGAAUUUCGUAAAUCUGGGGGGCUAUUACUUAUCUCAUUUUCACGAUAUCGUAAAACAGCUAUCUUCAUGCGAUACAAACUGCGAACACAAUUUAUAAAGCGGAUUAGCGAGCAGUGUUGCGUGAAAAGCAGGCUUCACAUUGGCAAAGAGCUAACCGAAUUUGUGCAACCGAAAAUGAGAAAGAACUCGUUUCAAUUUACAUAAGAAGUAAGCGCGCGAAGCCAGCAGGGUCACCAUUCAGUCAGUCUGUGGUCCUCGAAUCGGACGCCGCAUUGUUUUUUUUUAUUUCCGAUUUCUGCGCCGGCCAGUGCGUGCGUAUUCGCAAUGUGUGCGUAUGUUUUGGUUUUCACUUUCCUCGCGGCGGCGACCUUCGUUAGUGAUUGCUCGGCAAAAAUAGCACCGGAUUUCAUUAACCCCUGCAACAACACUGAGCCGGCCUGCCUGAUAAAGGCUACCCAAGAUGCAGUCCUACCCUUCACAAAAGGUCUGCCUGACAUCGGGGUGCCUUCUCUGGACCCCUUUGUUAUUGACGAACUGCCCAUACAACUGCCUGGAGUCAAAGUUACCUUUCUGGAUGGAAAAGCAACGGGACUGAGGAAAUGCCAAGUGCUGAAUGUUGAGGCUUAUCUGGAGAAGAACAUUUUCCAGCUGCAGGUGCGAUGCAACAUCACCAUCAAGGGCAAAUACACGGCAGUCGGCAGGCUGUUGCUCUUCCCCAUCAACGGAGAGGGCGACGCUAAAAUCAAAAUCGUAAACUCCGUUAUCAAAAUGGACAUCAAAACUAAAUACUACAAAGACAACGAGGGCCGCGACCAUUUCGGCAUCAAAAGCUACAGAUACACUUUCGACUAUGGUGAUAGAAUUUUCUAUAACAUCACCAAUCUCUUCAAGGGAAACCCCGAAUUAAGCAACACAGUACUCGUAUUCCUGAAUGAAAACUGGAGGACAGUCACAGAAGAAUUUGGAAAGCCAGUCGUAGACUACGCCAUGAACGUCGUUGUGUCCACAGCAACUAAGUUCUUCAGUGCUGUGCCCUACGACGAGCUGCUAUACGUACCCAUUCCUAAAUAUUGAAGAAAACAUUAUUAAAAAAAAUUAUCGAUUUAACCUACCACUCAUUUGUUUAAAACUGUGUGGUGAUCCGGUUUGUGAUGAGAAUGUCCUUUUAUUUAUGUAGUUGUAACUGAUAUUAAAAAUUACGUUCAAAUGAUUGAUACGGAAUAUCAGUGAAGUUAUUGGAGUUUAACAAAUGCUUUUCUAUUUUUUAUAUACUACAGACUUUUCGUUUGACAGCCAAGAAGAUUUGCAUCAGCAAUAAUUAUUAUAUUUCGUCACUUCAUUUUUCAGAUAUAAUUUUAUAUUAACCAUGUAUAAAGAUGUGAGAAGAUGUUUGAUCAUCAAUUAUUGUAGUCAUCCAUUAUCUUUGUUUAAUACUUAACAAACCUGUAUCGCUACAAACAACAGCACGAUUUAUAAGUAUGUAUUUUCCAUUCGAGGCAUUAAAGACGAGGCAAAUACUUAAGAUCGGGAAAUUGUAAAUAACUUUAUCAAACUUCAUUUCUAUUCUGAUAGCGGACUGAGUAAUAAUUGACAUUAGCAAUCGAUUUCAUGAUGUAAGUUGAAUGUGAGAAAUUAAAGACCACCUUUACCGAGCCUUAAAUCGAGGCUUUUUAAAUGUUUAUUAAGUAAAUAAGUAUAAAUACGAGUAAUAUAAUACGAAAUAGGAGUUUAAUAAGAGAUUAUAUUCAAUACAAUAUAUUAUUUAUAAUUGUCAAGUAUUGAGGAAUAGGAUUGUAAUCGAAUUUAAACUGUCGGUAGUCAUACUAUCUCUCGUGACCGCUACUCAUACACUGUUAGGCCUUCGAAUUGUAGGCAUAAGCGUAACGUAAAAUCGUUUCAACUUCGAGACGCGUAGAGUUCUGGACAACACGCGUCGCGUAAGCGUAAUUGUUUUAUAAGUGAAAUCUUAUUAGUUGAAAUCAAUGGCGUCACUGCCGUCAGAUGUCUUCGGCGGGUGUACCAACGAUCUUACUUUCUCGUCAGAUGAAGAAGAUUUUUUAUUGUUUGAUUAUGUCAGAAGCUUUGUUUUUUACGCCUGUAUUAAGCUACGCCUAUCGUAGUGACGACAGAAAUCCGAUACGCUACGCCACGACGACGAUUCGUAUGCGGACUUGUGUGAACUUUUUCGUGCUCGUAGCGCUCUCGUUCUGCGCGCGUAUUACGAUACGCCGAAAUGCGUCUCUUACGCCUAUGCUCCAUGUGCUGAGGACUUUAGUUCUCGAAAAUGGAGACCUUGGAUCUGCGAAGCAUGUCGCACGAGUGACUAAAAUACGUAAGUUAUACCGUAUAAUAAGCUUAGGAAUAGGAUUGUAAUGUGUAAAUACCACAUGUUUCAAAAAAGUAAACUUUUUGUAUAUAAUAUCAAAUUACUCAAAAAAAAGGAAACAUGAUAAAACUUCUAGAAUUUAAGCUAUUAAGUUCUGUAUAAAUAUUUUCCUUGCUAUUGUAAACUAUUGCCGGUUAUCGUAGUACCAUAAAAUGGAAUAAGUAGGGAUUACGGGGCCAGUUGGGUUAUGAAUGGGGUGAAGAGGGAUAACAGAGGGAUGAGUUGUUUUUUACAGGCUACUGCUACUUAAAUUAUAAAUAUUCUAAUAACAAAUCAAGCUAUUAUAAUGUUCAUAAUCCCAAAGUGUUGAUACAACAAUUUUCAAAACUCACCUUAGUAGGAAAUUCCUCCUCAUCUCUACUACGGGGUGACCUACUAUUCCGUAUUUAUCUUUAAAGUUAUGAAAUUGAACUACACAAAAUCAUAAAAAAAACUAAAAUUCAAUCGACCGGAACGUUUGUUACGUAUAAAAUCAGUUUGCCACAUGUAAAAAUAAAAUUUUAUCGAGGUUUUAAUGUCAGUUUUGUCCCUACUCACCCCACUUUACGGUAUUUAGCUAAAAUUAUUACCUUUUUUUAGGGUCCGCCUACGAUAUAUUUUUAUUGAGUGAUUUGAUCUGCGGCUGUAACACGGUCGCAUUUUUAUCAUUUGUCAGUAUGCCCGUCACUUUCGCGCUUACAUACUUGUUAGAAAGUGACAGGCAUGGUGACAAAUGAUAAAGAGCCGACCAUCAUAGCCCUAAUGAACUGCUUCUUCCUCAACAAGAGAAAAGAACACAUAAAAAUCUGAUAAAACCUGCAUGUGUCUUUGGUUUUGGCUAAAUAUAAUACUAUUUCUUUAUAAGAAAGACAAUUGAACAACUUUAAGUUCUAAUUUAAAAAAUAUAGUUCGUGUCAUUUACGAAGACACGUGCCUUGACUCGUAAUGUUAUGUUAUUAAAGGUUAGAUUUGACCAAUCUGAGUGGCAUGGUGGAUGACACGAACUAUAUGAACCCAAAAUCAAUCGACGAUUUAAAAAAUACCUGUAAUAAUGAUGUUAUUAGGUAAUUUACAUAGAGGUAUAUAUCAAGUGUAGGUAUAAUUAUUCAAAACUUGCCAUGAAAAUUACAAUUGAGGGUUUGUUAUAAUUUGAUCUAUUUCUAUUUUUAUCAUUUUAAACAUGUACUCACGGUACAGAUUUUACUAGAAACUUUUAUAAUGAUACCGUUAUUUAAUUUAUCAGUCAACAAAUCACAUGCAGGCCUCAGGACUCAACAGAAAUUUGGUGUAGUUAUACGUAUGCAAGUUCAGUGUUAAUGUAUCAUUGAGCUGGUCUCAUGAUAGAGAUAAUAAUGGCCACAUGAACUCUGUUAAAUAACAAUUUUGCGGCUGCAUGUCGAGAUUUUGAUUCUUUAUAAUUAUUACAAUAUGCUAUUGAUUACCUGUAUAAAAUGUAAAGUUGAAUGCAAAACAUUGUUUCGAAAAUAAACUUUUUGAUACUUAAAAUCUAAAUUAUAUUUUGGCGUGACAUUUACGUUUCUAACAUUUAUUUGUGAUCAAUUAAAUGUUUACAUUGUUAACUUCAAAUAAACGUUUCAUAGUUCUAACUAAGCUUUCUAUGUAUGUACUUAUAUAAUUUAUUUCGAGUGUUAUCAAAAACACAGCAUAUUUUCCCAGCUAUAAAAAUAAUACCACGAAUAAAACUGUAACUAAUCAUUUAAGUUAUUUACCUAUAAAGAUAAACCCUCUAAUUCAUAAACGUGUACUAAAGUUACGAUGCCGCUAAUAAUCGUUUGUCCCUUUCCAUCAUACCAAUACGUCGGAAAGGGACAAACGAUUAUUAGCGGCAUCGUAACUUUAGUACACGUUUAUGAAUAAGGGGGUAAAUGUUUGUUUUACUAUGGGUUAAAAUCCUUUGUAUUUUACAUACUUAGGUUCAAUUUAUUUACUGGUAGGUACAAGUACGUAAAGUUUAGAUAAAUAAAAUGUUAUGUAACUACUUGA